UCAACACGUUUCCGCUUUCGAUUUAAGUUGCUCUCACUGACUCCCGACAAAAUAUUGAUAUGGAUGUUACUACUCAACCUAGAUCUGAUGAAAGUUGUACGUUUUAUUUAAUAAAAAAGAGACGAUUUUGUAGAUUUAAACCUAAACAUGGUCAGCUCUAUUGUCCAGAGCAUGCCUGCAUGAUGGGCGCUAGUGGUGAUCGAAAAAGAAUUCCGUGCCCUCUUAACCCAACUCACAAUUGUUAUGAAGAUGAAUUAGAAAAGCAUAUAAAAAAGUGUAAUGUUACAAAAAUAAGAAAAGCCUUUGAACAAUCUGCUUAUUAUGCCAAAGGAAUCAAUCGUGGUCAUCAGCCAUCUAAAGUUGAAUGUCAAAAGAUAUGUGUGAAAGAUUUGACUUCAUCCCAACUUGCUGAAAUGAUAGAAAGAGUUAAUAUUUUGUAUGGUACUUAUGUUGAAGAUGUUGCCAAGGUUGUUUAUGAGCAUGAUUGUGUUCGCACUGAAAUUUGUGAUUCCCAGAAUGAAGAUCUCACCAGUGCUUUUGGUCCUCAGGCAGCACUUAAAAAAGAGCUUUUACAGCAGGCUUCUCUGGUAGGUCAGCUUGACAGACUUUCAUUACUGACUGACGGAAACUGUUUUGUGGAACUAGGUGCAGGAAAAGGAAAACUGUCUCAUUGGAUACAAAAAGCAACUAAAACAUGUCAACAUAACUCAUUCAUAUUAGUGGAAAGAAGCAGUGUCCGAUACAAGAUGGACUCUUUCCACAAACAAGGAGGGGAUGAAUCAUGUUUUCAAAGAAUCAAGAUUGACAUAGAAGACUUAAAUUUAGGUUGUGUGCCUGGGGUGAAAGAUGCAAACAAUGUGAUAGUUGUAGGUAAACACCUAUGUGGUGGAGCCACAGACAUGGGCUUAAGAUGUGCAACACACACCUUGGUCUCACAGCCUGCCACUCAAGUAAAAGCAAACACUCUGGGUGGAUCAUCUUAUCUUGAAAAUGCACUUUUUGAUUUAACUUCAAAUAGGGAGUCUUCAACUAGUACAGAAAGUAAAGAGUUGCAGGAACUGACGGGUCCAUCAAGAACAGAGAUGACAACCAAUGUUGUCAAAGAAGUCCAUGAGCCACCAGCUAAAGCUCCAAAACUCUGCGAGUCUAAGAGACCACUACAAGGAAUCAUGAUAGCUCUCUGUUGCCACCAUCAAUGUACCUGGGACACUUAUUCAGGGCAAGAAUUUAUGCAAACUAUCGGUAUAUCUCCAGAAAACUUUGACUUGCUGACACGUCUAAGCAGCUGGGCUACUUGUGCUAAGACUACUGCUAAAUCAAUAAGAGAAACAACUGUUAACAAUAGUGAUGCUAUAAUGAUGGAUGACCCAAAAGAUGUUUCUGAAGAUCACAAUACAAAAGAUUUAAUCAAUAGUGAUUAUAACAAACCUUUAAGGGAACAGUUGAGUGUUAGGCAAAGAGAGGAAAUAGGACGUAAGUGUAAGAGACUUAUUGAUACUGGACGUCUACACUUUUUAAAAUCCAAAGGCUUGCGGUGUUUUCUGAGAGAAUACAUCGAUGAAAGUAUAACGCCAGAAAAUGUUGUCCUUAUUGCUUUAUCAUCAUCCAAUAAAACUUAUAUUUAGAUUCUAUUAA